AUGGCCACAAGAGCUGAAAUAUUAUGGACAAUGAAGAGUGUGGUCAAUAAUAUGUCAACAACAUCUUGUGAUGGUUUGGCAGACAUUUUCAAGACAAUGUCUCCUGGGACAUUUAUUGAUACUCACUUUUCAUUAAGCCGUACUAAGUUAUCGUAUUUAAUCAUAGAUUGUCUAGGUCCCCAUUUCAGAAAAAUGUUAUUGGAUGAAUGUCAGGCUUGUUACUACACAAUUAUUUAUGAUGAGACCACUAAUUCUGAAGGCGUAAAAGAGUUACAGUGUGCAAUAAGGUAUUGGUGUGAUGAUACAAAAGAUUAUAUUAUGAAAGCAAUAAACAAUGCAAAUCUUUCAAUUGAUAAGUUAUUAAUGCUUGGAAGUGAUGGCCCAAAUGUCACUAAAACGGUUUUUAAACUAGUUAAUGAAAAUGUAAAAAAUAUUCGUUGUAUUCGUCUGAUAGAUAUCGGCACAUGUAAUAUUCACAUUGUCCAUAACACUUUUUUAAAAGGAUUAGAGUUUAUAGGAAUCAGAGUAUCAAAUUUUGUUAUUGAUGUUUACUAUUUUUUUCACGGAUGGCCUAAACGAUAUGAAGAUUAUUCCAAAAUACAAAAAGAUAAUAGUAUACCUAAUCAUAGGUUUUUGAAACAUUGUGCAUCUAGAUGGUUGACUUUGAGUGACUCCACAGCCCGUAUCAUUGAACAGUGGGAUGGUUUAUUAAAAUACUUUUUAACUUCUGCUCCUAACAACCAAAAAAGUCUUCUAAAAACUAGUAAGUGUAAAAAUAUUAUUGAUUGCUUAAACUGCACAACUUUUAGAGCAGAGCUUGAAUUCAUAUUAUGGUCUACAUCUAUAUUCCAAAGAUUUACUGGGAUGUUUCAACGCUAA